GCCGCCAUGUGUUGACCUUUUCACUUUGACCUUUAACCCGUGUGUGAAUGUUUACACGACUUGCAGCUCGCGAAGGCAAAAAUCAAGAAAUUAUGGCACCCUGCACGAGCUGGUCAACAUUAUUAUGGCUUUGAACUUCAGUCUGGAGGAUCACUAGACGCUGGCGACAGUACAAUUGAUUGAGAUGGCCGAUGCAGGUGAUAAGUUACGAGGCAGGAAGCGGGGACGACCCAAGGUGCAUCCCGCACGGACGCCAUCCUCCUCCAGAUGUAUGGUGUAUAUAGGCAAGUCCAUGGACUUGUGGCAGCAGCUAAAGCUAGAUGGAAACUUCAAGAAUGACUCUGAGUUUGCCUCCUACCUUCUCCAGGUGUACCAGACUAGCAGAUCCAACAAACCAUUUACUCCAGCAACAAACAAUACAUUGACAAAUGUAUCAAGAACUAAAGAGUCAAAAUCAAGGAAUCUACCUUCAGAGAAAGAUAGGGAGGAGCUAGAAACAUCCCAGAACAGAAGUCUUGGAUCUCAAGACAACAUGAUGUGCAGUGAUUACCAAGAUACUGAUGUUGAUUUAACAAAGAUGGAGGAUAACACCGGAGGUGACUCUUGUAUGUUUGAACUUGGCAGUCACAGUGCAGAAGAGGGAAAUGCCUUGGAGAAUGCAAUGAUCAGGGCUUUGUCUGAGCAAUCUAAGGGUUGCAAUGGUAAAGCUAUACAGAUCUCUAAUGAUGCAGAACGAAACACAGGAAAUAGGGAUGACAUGCAACUGCUCUCUUGUGACAUUGCAGGGAAUGUUGGUACUGCACAAAGAAGUGACUGUUUUGGCAGUGGUUUGAAUCUACUUCCAAAGAAGAGACCUUUCCUGGAUGAUAAAACUGAGUUGCACAAGGGCAAACUUAAUGAGAGCCAGUCUGGAACAGGAGCAAAAAUGGCAGAGGAGCCUUGUGCAAUCCCUCAGAAAGAACAAUUUGAUACCUGUGAGUCCGUAUCUGAAAGGCAAUGUCAGGAAAGUACUCAGGAUACAUCACCAAUGGAGAGGGAACAAAAUGAUGAAGAGCAAGAGGAAGAUGAACAUAAUGAUCUGGAGGAUGAGGUGUCAGACAAAAACUCUGACGUAUCUGUAGAGUGGACUCCACAGCCAAAGUCUGUGAGAAGGAAAAGAAAAAGUGAUGACCAAAGGUGUAGUAUUUGUGGGUCAAAGUUCCCCAGCUUGCACAGAAUGGGGAAGCAUAUGAAGACUGUCCAUGGUAUAAGCAAGCCAUUUUCUUGUGUACUGUGCAAAAAUGUCAGCUUCAGCUCCAAGGGGAACUUGGACAGCCACACGUUCCACAUACACACGGCCGAGAGGAAACACACGUGCGACGUGUGCAACGCCGCAUUCAAACUCCAGAGACACUUGCAGCGCCACAUGAUUGUGCACUCUGAAGAGCGUCCCUUCAUGUGUGGAGUUUGCAACAAGGGGUUCAAACACAGAGAAGCAGUGAAGCUACACGAGAGGAAGCACAGUGGGAAGAAGCCAUAUCUCUGUGCACAGUGUGGUGCUCAGUUUACGAUAGAGAGUAGUCUGAGGUCUCACAUGGUUGUACAUACGGAAGAUAGGCCUUUCGAAUGUAAGGACUGUAACGCUACAUUUAAAACGCCCGCUACUCUCCGAAUGCACAAAGAAGUCCAUGCAGAGGGCAGCAGUCACUUAUGUGCAGUGUGUGGGGAACAGUUUAAAACAGCACGGGCACUCAGAUCUCAUGUACGCAGACACGGCGAGAAGCCCCACCAAUGCUCUGAGUGCGGGAAUCAGUUUGCGAUACUAGGGGAGCUCAACCGUCACGUGAAAGUAACGCACAGUUCCAGCAAGCCACAUGCCUGUGAAAUUUGUGGCUUCCAUUUCAAAUUGAAGAACUACCUGAGCACACACAUGGCACGCAUGCACAGCGGCGACAGACGGCCCCACACGUGCGCUGUGUGCGGAGCGACUUUCAAGAUGCCACUGGACCUGAAACACCACAUGAGGAAGCACAGUGACCUUCGGCCCUUUCCCUGUGACCUCUGCGACUGGAAAUUUAAAACCAAGACCCACCUGAAACAGCACAUGGACAUCAUACAUGGGAGAGGUGGGAGGGUGAAAUGUUUCGCUAGACGUACCAUCAGAUCAGCAGACUCAGACAGUAAUACCCAAAAUGUGGAAACAAAUAACUCUACAACACCCCACCAGCUCAAACAGAAGCCAAGUCAGAAAACAGCUCCACACAACAAUACUGACAUAGCACAGAACACCAGUAGCAUAAAUGUGUCAGAUGCAAUACACAACAUAGGUGACACAGAAAGUACUAUCACUAUUAGGACUGGUGUCCUACAGAAUGUUACAGAGAUGAACCAGAAAGGUGACUUGACACUCACCAACACUCCUCACACAUUGGAACAGUCCCUCCUCACAACCCCUGCCUUCGCCCCACCGUUGGAACAACUCGCGGUAUCGGACCACGUGACGCCCCCGUCUCCUGUAUUUCGUGACACCAGCUGGACAGAUACACUUGAUCCUAGUUUGAUCCAGUCAGCUGCUGACCUUGACCUCGGCAUGACACGUCCAAGAUGGCCGCCAUUUCAGCCCAUGCCCUACAUGUUUCAGAGACAAACGUACUACAAUACUGAUCAAUCCUCCACUGGCUAUGUCAUGGGCAGCUCAGACAUUGUGUGAUCUUGAAAUGAUUUUGUUGGAAUUAGAACAGUUUACACUCUGACUUACUAGCAACAUAAAGAAGCAGUUUUAUGCACUUCUAGUAACCGGUUAGUGCUUAGAGUGAGACCAGGAGAAAGUGGCUGGUGACAAAAGAUGACCCCGUAUAUGUAGGUAAUCAUGUCUCUUAUGUGCAUUUUGUAACUAGACACUAGUAUAUAGAGGAUAUGUGUCUAAACCCAUUUUUCAACCUUGUCCCUGCAAUGCUCAGACGAGUUGUGUACUUCGUACAGGUAUCCAAAUGGGAUGCAAACUUGUCAUAUGGACAUAUCAUCAAUAGAAAGCAUAUUAAUUAAUAGUUUUACUUUAUGCAAAACUUACUAUUAUAGUGAUGAGGUUCAUGAGUCAUUAAUGAUAGGCCUUAAGUUGGGUAUACUAUUUUCUGGGACACCCUGUACAUGACAUAUGCAUCUAGGAUAAUCGUGCAGUAUAUGUGAAUAAAACGUGACGCUUUCUAACAUAUUAUCAUAUAUAUCUAUUCCUAGCACAACCAAGGACAUACACAUGCCAAAAAAUGUAGGCAUUUCUUUACUGACAGUACUAGGUUAUAACCAAGCAUUGUAUAGAAGAAUCUACAGAAGUUGCUUCCUUUUUUUGAUAUCAGAAGUUUGUUUUUCUACUUUUAGAAGUAGAAAGAGCUACAAUGUUACACAAAACUUAUAUGUUACAUGUACUAUUUUCUGUGACACCCUGUACUUGAUAUCAGGGACAAUCGUGCAGUAUAUAUGAAUAAAACGUGAGACUAGCUGACAGAUAGCUAUUCCUAGCACAACCAGGGACAAUAUGACACAUGCUACAUAUGUAGACUUUUUUUCACUGACAGUACUAGCUUAUAACUAAGUAUUUAUAUAAAAGAAUCUAUGGCAGUUGGUUCCUUCUUUGAUACCAUGAUAUCAUUGUUUUUCUAAUCUUAACCAAGAUCUGCAACAUACUAGAAUUUAAAGUUGGGAAUAUACUAUUUUCUGGGACACCCUGUACUUGAUAUCAGGGACAAUCGUGCAGUAUGUAUGAAUAAAACGUGACGCUUUCUGACAGAUCUAGUCCUAGCACAAACAGGGACAUACACGUGCAACAAACAUACCGGUAGCCUUUUUUCACGGACAGUGUUUGGUUAUAACCAAGCAUUUAUAUAAAAGAAUCCUUAGAAGUUGGUUCCUUCUUUGAUAUCGUAAGUAUUGUAUUGUGUUUCUAAUAAUCAAAAGUUGCACCGUAUACGUCAAACUUUAAAUUUAAGGUAUACUAUUUUCUGGAACAAUCGUGCCGUAUACAUGAAUAAAACGUGACACCUUCCGAUAAAUAUGAUAAGGCUAUUCCUAGAACUGCUGAGGCCGUACACGUGAUACAAACGAACGACCAAGAGUUACAUAAAAGACUGUAAACGUUGGUUCCUUUAUUGACGAGUUUGUUUCUCUACUUACGCUGCAACCUUGUCGCACUUCACUAUUUAUAACGUCAUGUAACAAAAUAAGCUUCCCCCUGUCACUAUGUAUUAGGGAGCGGUCGGAAACUACGGAGGAUGGCACCCAGGCUAGUCCUUUUCAUGUCUGUACCCAGCAAAAUAAAACGGUUGCCAAGGAGU